AUGAAAAUAAAAAUAGUAUAUGAAAAUUUAUUUAGGGUGAUUAAUGAAGGCUAAUUAAAAUCAAAGAGAGUAAAAAAAUUAAUUAAUUUUAAUAAAGAGGAAUUAAUAUAUAUUAGUAAGUGCUGUGAUAUGAUUAAAGCAUUAAAAAGCGUUCAAAGAUAAUUAGUUUUUGUUCAAAAAGCAAAAUUCUGCUCAGUUCCUAACUAGAAUAAUUAAGGUCAAGGCAGCAAUACCAAUGAACCUUAAUAAUAGGCAGCAGCAGCAGCCACAACAACAGCAUCCCAAGCAGAAAAGCCUCAGCAACCAGCAUUUUUGAAUGCCAAUAAGGAUGCCUAAAAAGAUUAGAAGAAGACUUAGAAUCAUGAAUAAAAGGAUCAAAAACAACACUAAAAUUAAUCUAGCAUCUACGGAUCAAAGAUUAACGUAGGAAAUAGCGAAGAAAUUAAGAAAUCAAUUUAAAAAUCAGUUAAUGACUUUUCAAGCACUUACAAGCUUAAUUUAAGUGACAAGAAAAUUAAAGCUGGAAACAAACAAACAUUCGCCAAGAAAUAAGAUUAAGAAUCUAUUUCUAAGAAAAAGGAAAAAUUAUUAAAAGGUAUUCAACCUACUGAUGAAAAGUUGGUUGACAAGCAUAUCGGAAACGUUCCCAUAGCCUAAUAAAUUGUAGUCGAUAAAUUGAAAAAGUAUGCUUUAAGAGUAAGCGAUACAAAGAGAAUUCAUGAUAAAUUAAAAUCAGAAGAAGGAGUUGAUUUCUCAUAUGUUGAACCAAGAAAUCUUGAAAUUUUGAAUUCUUUUGUUCACAGAAAAUCUGAAGAAAUGGAAGAAUUAAUCUCUACUUAUCUCGGAGUUAAUCAAACAUUAUCAAAAGAAGAAUAAUUAGAUGAUUGGAGACAAUAACAAGCUUUAGAUCAUAUCAAUUUCACUCCUGAAACAAUGGGAAAACCUGAAGUAUUCUAUCCUGGUUCAGACAGAGGUCCUCACCCAUUAGAUGAUCCAUAAAAUUACAUUUAAUGGUACGAAAAGCAUUGUCCUCUUCCUUACAGACCUCUUAUUGAUCAAAUGGUUUAAAUGACUGAUAUGAAAAUUACCGAUAACAACAUGCCUAGCUAUAUAAAGAAAUGGAUUGAUUAAAUUCAAGAAGAUCCCUAAGAAGAUUUAGAUCAAGAAAAAGAAGAUGACUAGGAAGAAGAUCUUGAUAGUGAUGAAGAAGCUGACAUGAGUGAAGACGAAGAUGUUGGUUUGACUGAUAAUAAAGCCUAAAACGACGAAUUAGAAUAAUAAUUAUGCUCCGUUGUUGGUGGUGGAUAGGGUGUUUUCUUUUACAGAACAAAUCCUCUUCCCCGUUUGUAAGUUGAUAACACAAGUUUGUGGUCUUUGGAUUAAAAUAGCGAACUUCCUGAAGAUACUUCUCCUGAAGAAUAAAUUAUCAAUUGCGAAGGUAACAUCACCUUCCACUCUGGUCUCUAAGAUUACGAAAUACCUGCCUUCCCUGAAACCUUGAGCUCAUACAUCACUCACUACCAAAUUCCUAGUAUUGAAAAAUGGUCUAUCUUCAGAUAAUUCCCCAAUAUGUAUCACUGGUGGUAGAAGUUUUAUGAGACCAAUAAGAAAUUGAGUGAAUAACCUCUCGUUAGAUAUUAAUAUUCUGGUCUUCCCUCUGUUUACACUUAUUUCUACACUAUGCCAGAAUUUGCAAGAAACAAUAUUGUAGUUUAAAAUGUUGCUAGAUGCUUUGAAUUUAAUAGACCUGAACUUAACCAUUAAUAGAAAAUUAUGGCACUCAAUUAUGCUGCCAAAUUCUCUUUGCCUUUAGAUGAUUUAAUUGUUCAUGCUGCUAGCCAAAUGAUUGUUAGUUAAAAGCACUUCUUAACUGCUAAAGAAGAAGAUAGACUUAAAACUGUUAACCAAUUCUAUUAUGAAGCUGAUACUGAAGCUUGGGAUAUCCAUUUAGCUCACGAAGAACACACUAUAGAAUAAAUAGAAAACUUUUAACCUCCCAAACGCCUUGGAGUUGAUGAUAUUGAAGAAUAAUUAUGCGACUUACCUUUGGAAUACUAUGAUAACGACGAUGGUUUCUGGAAUGAUUUCAUCAAGGAAAAAUUAAAUAGAAAUAAUGCUGCUUAUCCUGCUACCUAGGGCAGAGCUUUCUUCAAGCAUUGA